AUGACCGGCCGCCGCCCUCUUUUACCUCACCGAGGCAGCAGCUGUUACGCAGAGGCAACGGACGGCGCCUUGCAGCAGCCUUGUGCGGCCUCGUCUUCCACUAGCAGAAGCGCAGGCGCCAUUGACUCGGGGUUGAGGAGCCGACGGCCUGAGGCUAGCGGCGGGAGCGCGCUGAACGGGAUUUCCUGGGGUAAGCCGCCAACACCAUGGCCAGCGUCGAAUCGGGGGAGGUGGUUGGUAACCGAGGGGGCUCGUGAGGCUCGUCAAGCCCGUGUGGAAUGUUUCAUGUCCUUCGAGAAGAAGCUAAUCGGGGGAAGUGUGAGCCUCGCGCAUUCUUUCGGUAUAGCGGGCGCCGCCAUUGCAGAUGGUGAGUGGGCAACCGUUCGUUGCAUGGUCGCCGGUCUGGAUGUUCGGAUGGGUUGGCUCGCAGGCUCCCACGUCCCUCCACCAUCUUCGGUACAGGGGGAGAGUAAGAUUCGUCAUUCAUGUGUGCCAGCAGUCUCACUGAGAAAACGAGGCAAGCGAAUUCGCAGCUCGAGCAUGCCACCUGGCGAGUUCAUUCCUGCAAGACGGGUCUCUGGAAGGCUCUCGCUCUCCAGCGGCGAGGGACCAGAUGAGUACGACAGUAUGCUGCUAAUGAUAGCAACUGUAGCAGGACACAGCGAAUUAAUUGCCAUGCCCUUUGACAGUUACAUUGUACACUAUCUGUCCAGUAAUUCUUGCCCGCGCGCUGAUUGGCCGUUGCCUGAGAUGCAAAGCAACGCAAACAGCCUGAUGAUAUCUGCGCGUCUGACAAGGUCAGGGAUUGGGAUUCCGGACUCCACCGCUGGACCAGCGCGCCCAGUCCAGCAGCAGGCCCAGCACGUCCCUCCGCUCAGGCUGCUGUUCCUUGUAGUCUGA